AAAUAACAACAACAAUUAAAGUCGGCAAAUUGUGCCAUUUAGUAAAAAUAUAAAGAAAUCGAUUUUGCCUGUUUUAUUACAAUUUUAAUUUAAAUUGCAAUAAAUGACCUGUGAAAUAACGACAUAACAAUGACUUUGUUAAAAUAUAUGUCAUAUUUUACAACAUUUUCCGUAUUUGCGGCACUAAUAUCUAUCGUUUGGCAGGCAUUUCUUUCCCUGAAACAGUUAAAUAAAGUCACCUUAAUAUUAACCAGUUUAUUGGCCAUAGAAAACCUUAAACGACCUUCACCUAAUGCCCCAAAGCUUAAAGUAGCCUUAGGCUAUGGAGCCUGCAGUGAUUUGAUAAUAAGCGCUACAGAUUUUCUGAAUUAUUCCAGUGAAAUUGUGCCAGAAAUCAAACCGGAAUUUACAGUAGACGAGGUGAAUGAUGAGGUGGAGUUACUGCAGACUUUUGGUUAUUACUUUGAGAAUGGAGCUGCGGCAGAGCGGGUAAUGCCAAAUUCCUAUUUGUUUCGGAAACUAAUACAAAUUGCCAAGAAACAGCACAAAGAUAAUAUACAAUGGGUAAUUGGAGGCAAUGCCCCUUUAAUGGGCAUACGUUUUGAUAAGGAAGGCUGGGAAGUGCUGUUGGGGGCUCGUGUGUCUCACAAAUUACGGCGUCUUAUACCAAACAGCAUAAAAAUUGCUGGCGAUCAAAUAGAAGAUGACGAUAUUCAUUUAAUAUUAGAAUACAAAGCGGGUGAAAAAUGGGGCCCAUUUACAGCUCCAAGAGCCAAUCGUUAUAUACUACACAACGACCAGAAUAAUCCUCACUUGAAUUCUCUGGAACACUUGCAGAAAGCCAUUAAGGUAUAUCAACCAGAUUUGUUUGUUAUCAGUGGCAUACAAAUGAUGGAUAGUUAUAAAUUUGAAGUGGGCAUACGGGAGGAGCGUCUAUUAAAGUUAAACAAACAGAUUAAUGAACUUGCCCCCCACACACAAAUCCAUUUUGAAAUGGCGUCUUAUGUUGAAAUCGAAUUGCUGCAACAAUUGAGAACCUACAUACUGCCCUAUGUUGAUUCAUUGGGCAUGAACGAACAAGAAUUAGAGAAUUUAGCUCAGGUUAUGGAAUAUGGCAAGACAAGUUUUGCCACAGACUGCAAUCCCAGAGUGGGUGCUACGCUGGAUCAAAUGCGCAAAGUGUUUUCUAUGCUGGCCAAAGAUUACUAUCAAAAUGCCUCGACUGUGAUCAAAACAAAAAGAAGAAUGGUGACCCGCAUACAUUUACAUACAUUGGCCUUUCAGGCAUUGCUGACCGCCAAAGACUCGGCAUGGAAAAAUACUAAAAUAGGGGCAGCCAAAGCAGCCCUGGUGGCUCAUCGUUAUGUGUGUCAAACACAAAUGAUAAAUCCAGAGUCUGCCUCAUUAAUACUCGAUGACAGUUUCUCGACUUCUUUGGAUGCUGAUAAGGCACAACGUGUAUCAUUCGAUCCUCAAAAUGCUGUGCCAUGCUGGUCGGAGACUUUACAAAUAACCGCACAAAAAUCUCAGGAGAUUGAAAUAUGUGUAGCUCCUGUCUUAGUUUGUCGUGUGGCAAAGAAAACCGCGGGAGCAGGCGACAAUAUCUCUGCCGCAGGCCUUUCUCAACAAUUGUAGCUUUAGUUUUUUUUUUUGUUGUUGAGGCAGACUACCCACACCAGAAGCCAUAUUUUACUUAAUGAGACUGUUAAAAAGAUUUGGUGGCUCAAGAUUUUUGUUUCCUCUUUCCUACAAAAAAACAUUCCCCCCUCUUCGUUUCUAAAAUUGGAAAUGUGAGUUAUUAUAGAUUGUACUAGAUUUAUUUUUUUUUGGACAAAACAACCAACCAUCGUCUGUGGAAUAUUUUUGAUAUUUUUUGUAUUGCAAUUAUAGUGAUUUUUUUUUUGGUUUCGUAUUUUUUUUUUGUAGCUAGUACGUAAAAUGUCUGUUGGAAUUUUUACAUCGAUCUUUACUUAUAUUAUUAUUAGUCCCAAAUGUUAAUUACCUUAAACCAUUCCUUAAAAACCUAGAGUUGUAGGUUUUGUAUUGUGAGAAUAAAAUGUACUUUAUUAU